AAAAUAUUUGAGUCUCAACAAAUGAAUUCCACACUUGAACUCUGCCGCAUUCCUGUGCCACCUCCUCCUUUAGAAAACUGAUCUUAGAACAGAGAGAUAAAAGAGGAAUAGAAGGUAAAAGAAGAUGCUGGGAUCUGAACGUGGUGUUGUAGAAGAAUGGUUAUCAGAAUUCAAGGCAUUACCUGACACUCAGAUCACCAAUUAUGCAGCAACUCUACACCGGAAGAAAACACUGGUACCAGCCCUCUAUAAAGUUAUUCAAGAUUUGAAUAAUGAGCUCCUGGAGCCUGUCUGCCACCAGCUAUUUGAGCUCUAUCGUAGCUCUGAAGUUCGACUUAAGAGGUUCACACUGCAGUUCUUGCCGGAAUUGAUGUGGGUUUAUUUACGGCUUACAGUUAGCCGAGACAGACAGAGUAAUGGUUGCAUUGAAGCACUCCUGUUAGGAAUUUAUAAUUUGGAAAUUGCUGAUAAAGACGGAAACAAUAAAGUUCUAUCUUUUACUAUCCCUUCCUUAUCCAAGCCUUCAAUAUACCAUGAGCCCUCGACAAUUGGAUCCAUGGCUUUGACUGAAGGGGCAUUGUGUCAACAUGAUCUCAUCAGGGUUGUUUAUAGUGAUCUUCAUCCUCAGAGGGAAACAUUCACUGCACAAAACCGGUUUGAAGUCCUGAGUUUUCUCAUGUUGUGUUAUAAUUCUGCUAUUGUGUAUAUGCCUGCUUCCUCUUACCAGUCUCUUUGUCGGAUGGGCUCCCGGGUUUGUGUAAGUGGGUUUCCACGGCAACACGAAAAACACUGGAAAGAACUCUGUGGUCGAAUAGUAUUGGAUCCCGAAUUUAUGGUGCAACUUCUCACCGGGGUUUAUUAUGCCAUGUAUAAUGGACAGUGGGACCUUGGCCAAGAAGUCCUUGAUGACAUCAUUUAUAGAGCUCAGCUAGAACUCUUUUCUCAACCACUACUGGUUGCCAAUGCCAUGAAAAACUCAUUACCAUUUGAUGCUCCCGAUUCUUCACAAGAAGGCCAGAAAGUACUUAAAGUGGAAGUCACUCCAACAGUGCCGAGGAUUUCUCGGACUGCAAUUACAACAGCUUCAAUCCGUCGCCAUAGAUGGAGGAGAGAAGGUGCUGAGGGUGUAAAUGGAGGAGAGGAGUCGGUAAACCUGAAUGAUGCAGAUGAAGGAUUUUCGUCAGGGGCUUCCCUCAGCAGUCAGCCAGUUGGGACCAAACCGUCCUUCUCUUCUCAGAGGGGAAGCUUAAGGAAAGUAGCAACUGGGCGUUCAGCCAAGGAUAAAGAAACAGCCUCUGUCAUCAAAUCCAGUGAGAGCCCUCGAGAUUCAGUAGUUCGCAGGCAGUAUGUACAGCAACCAGCUGACCUUAGUGUAGAUUCAAUUGAGCUGACACCGAUGAAGAAACACCUGAGCCUGCCUGCUGGCUCGGUGGUGCCAAAAAACAAUAGUUUAAGUCUAAUCCGGACAGCCAGUGCUUCCUCAAGUAAAUCAUUUGACUAUGUAAAUGGCAGUCAAGCAAGUACCAGCAUUGGGGUUGGCACUGAGGGAGUUACUAAUUUAGCAGCUAACAAUACUAAUCGAUACUCAACUAUCAGUCUACAGGAAGACCGGCUAGGUCAAGCUGGAGAAGGUAAAGAGCUCCUCAGCCCAGGAGCUCCCUUAAACAAGCAAUCUCGAUCCCCAAGUUUCAAUAUGCAGCUAAUAUCCCAGGUGUAGUUUAACAUCCUUUCUCAUCUUUCUGCUUACCUUUUAAACUGAACAUUUCAUUGUGCAAAAAGACACUUCAUCCCACGUUGUGAAAAUAUUGGUCAUCAUAAUCAGAUUUGAUUUAGUUUAGGUAUUUUCAUCCUGUAUUUUGUAUGGAAACAGCAAUAAGGUUUUCUUUUCCCUCCUUCCUAUAUCUUCCCUUCGCCUACUCCUUGUAAAUGUGUUUGUGAAGCAGUAUAAAAUGUUUGCAUUUUCCAUGCCUUCUCUUCUCCUUGGGUGAUGUGCAAUCCAUCGUAGGCUGAUCGGUCCCGUUUCAACACUGUGAGACUGAGGAUAUGUUAGAGGAAAUGGUGUAUAUGAUCCCUAUGAAAUGAUUCUUUGGCUUUCUUUUAAAAAAACAAAACAAAACGGGUUUGUUCUCAUAAUCUAUAGAACUAUGAAGAUUACUGGAUCAUAUUUUUUUCUCUCUUAACCAGGAGUGCCUCAGAGAUUCUGCUAUGACUUUGGACUUCUCUGAGUCUGUGCAAUCGUUUUCUUGAGAAGCAUGGGGAAAGGUGGUAGACUGCUGCACUUUUUCAUUAAAAUGAGGGUGGCUCUUUUUCUCCCAUCUCCUUUAUCUCGAGGACACAGUUGUUCAAUUACUGAGGUGUUUAAAUCAAGUGGUGGCCACCUCCAUCGGAGGGCAGGGCUCUAAAUUGAUUGUGUAAUUGAUAAUGCACUUUCUCAAUGGCUCUGUAGUCAUUAUUAACAUGUCUUCCCUCCUCCCCACAAGGACAUAACGUCAUUUUGUCCUUUAAGUUUGAACAACUAACAAAUCAGAGAAUCCAAGGGGCAUGUUCUAUUUCCUAGGAAUGAUUGACACUUUGGUGCUGGGGUUUUGUGGGCGGGAAGGGGUGGUUUUUGUUUAUCUUGUGUGGGAUUGUGUGUGUGAGAGCAAGUUUUGAUUGGUUUUUUUCUUUUCCUUUGUGAGCUGAUGAUGACUGAAGUAGAACAAGUACGUCUUCAGGUAAAGAGAGGGAUUUCUCAACCCACUUUCUGUGAUGUCAGACUAUUGGAGAAGCCCUUUCAGCUGCUUUCUAGAUGUACCUAAAUUCAGUCAGAUAUUUUGAAUUAAGAGACCUGAACUCCUAAUAGAUCAUAUACUCCAAGGAAAUACAUCAGGGACAGAUAAUUGGCUGAAAACACUGAUGCUUCAAUGUGACACAUUUUUAUAGAACAUUUCUACCAGGGGGUACUGACUUGAUUUCUCCUAUAGGGACCACACUGCCUUUGUGUUUAAAUGUAAUGCAAUUUGUGUACCUUCUAAUCAUAUAUCUCCAAAAGUUUCUCAUUUUUAUAAAACUUUGAAAUCAUGCCAGUAAGCUAGAUGUUGAAUGUGUGUAAGUAAUAAUUGGUAACUGUGCUAAGAGGCUACAAAAAUGCAUUAUUGGUAAAAAAAAAUUUUUUAGUUCUGAUUUGGUUGGAUAAGAUUUCAUUAUGACCUCUUCUGGGUCUCAGGCUCUAGUGCUUGAUUGAAAUAGAGGAGAAUAUAUUGAUUUUUGAAAUCAAUGUUGUGACUUGAACUGCUAUACGUUAUCCUUCCACAGAAGACAUCAGAGCUAUUAGUGCUUUGUACAUUUAGACAUUUUUAUUUUAAUAUCGUGAAAGAGAAAUAUACUGAAUUUAUAGAAAGUAUUCUCCUAAUUAACAAAGUUUAAAAUUUUCUCUCUACCAAUAAAAGUUACAAUAGAUUUUGUUAAUAAAAUAACCAGAAAAAUGCCUCUUGUUUUUUUCACAUCUAAAAAUCCCCUCCUCUUUUUUUUGAUCCUAAGAGGUUUUUUUUGUUUGUUUGUUUGUUUAAUGCACUUUCUGUUAGAAUCUUUAUAAGAACAAUGAAUUGCUUGGUUGAAUUUGGUAGUCUGUAACAUUUUUCAGCUCCCAGGAAAAUGGAAAGCUAGAACCUGAACUAGUAUCUACAGCAUUGCCAAAGUCUGGGGUAAAGGUAAAAGUUGAUAAAUAGAGAUUUAUUGAUUUGUAUAAAUAUGUGUGUGGAUGUGUAUAUGUAUAUGGUGUGUAUAUGUAUAUAUCACAAAGACAUACUUUAGAUAUCCCUUAGUUCUUUUAAUUUAGCUAAGGGAUGUCAGAUAAAUGAAUUAAAAGCAGCCAAAAUAAAUGAGGUAUAAAGAUCUAUAACAUACUAAGGAGAGCAAAGUUUCAGGUAUGAGAAGAAAAGAGCAUUAUACUUACCAGGAAGUGAGAUCUUAGCCAUGGCUGGAGGUCAGUCAGUUUAUGGCAGAAAUACCUGGUUGAUUUAGGAGACUGAGGGGUUGUUGUUAAUUUAACAAGUUGUGCACUUAUUGGCAUCUAAAUCUAGCAUGAUUUCGUUUUAGUUAAAGCACAAAAAAAAUACCAAAUAAUACCAAAUUACAGCAAAAGCUGUAAUAAAUAUAAGAUCUCCCUUUGGUUUGUUAGAAAUCUUAUGUUACACCUGAAAAGUUGGUUUUGAAAAACUUUCAAUUGAGAGGAUUUCUUUUGUAUAUGUGUAUGUGUAUAUGUUUAUAUUUUGUACGUAUGCAUACCCAUUAAUGUUUCAUGACCCUUGUAACAUUUGUGUUCCAUUCUUUUAAGUGAUGUGAUUUGGCCCCAAUGAAGAAACAUUUCAUUUAGUUCAACUUUUGCAUUCAGGGUCUUAGAAGAGAUUUCCUGUGCAAGAUUUGGUUAAAAUGGAAUGAGUUUAACAAACCAAAAGUCAUAUUUUCUAAGAAAUUUUUGAUAUUCCUUCGCAUUAUUUAUUGGCAUUUAAUUUAAAAUACUUUUCAGCUAUACAACAGCUGUUACAAAUAUAUGCCAGCAAUAUUCAUACUUUAUCCUUUAACAACCUUUUGUUUUAUACUUCCUAACUUACAUUAAAAAAAGACCUUCCAUCUAUGGAAAAGCCAGUUAGGGAGAAAAUACUUGCUUUCUAUAAGAAAACAAUUUAAUUGAUGCCAUCUAUGCCAGGUUGGAUUAAGAAAUACAAAGAAAUAUCUGAAGGUUUUGAGAACUCUUCUCUGUGACAUUAAUUUGAAAUCAUGUUACUAGAAAGCAAACUAAAAUGUAAAGUGAAAAGCUAACGUAGAAGUAAGACUUUUAAAUAUAAAAAUGUUUUGUGAAGCUGGGGGGGAAAUGGUUGUAAUUUGAAGUCCUGACCCUUACCUCCACUCUUACCCUCCUGAUUACUUCUCUGUGCCUGUUUAAUAUAGAGUCAGGAUGUUUGUGCUAGAAGAGACCCUAGAGAUAAUCUAGCUAGUCUCCCAACACCCACCCUCUCAUAUCCAUCCUCAGGAAACUGAGGUUCAAAAAGGUUGUGAAGUGAUCAAGGUCACAUAACUAAGAAGCAGAGCCAGAAUCAAACUCCUGUCCCCUGUCAAAUACAUAUUAACACCCCACUGCCUCCCUUUACUUCUACUAUGGUAAAUGUGGUAUGUAACACUUUCUAUUUCUGCAGUUUCUUUACAGUUCUGGUCUGGUAGUUGGUGAAUACAGCACAUUCAGAAAAGUAUUAAAUCCAGAAAAAAUGUAGAGUAAUAAACGUAGAUGGGGAAGUGUUAGAAAUGUAGGUAUCUAUACCACACGUCAGGAUAUAUUUUUUUUAUUCUAAUUUAUGCCUUACUAUUUUCUGCCACAUAACAGUUGUAUGCUGCCGUUUCCUAGUUGAUUAUAUUUCUGAGGAUUUAUUUAAAUGCAAAAAUAAACCCAAUGAAAUGGCUUUGAUCAGUGUUUCUAGCUAUUUUAAAGUAAUUUUUGAAUCAGCCAGCUUUCACAGUCACCUAGGUGGCAAGUUAAUUAUAUUGCACAAUGGAGUAUUGCAAAGUAAAGAUUAAGUAAAUUUGAUUUCAUUAAUUUCUAAGGAGACUGAACCUUACUUGUGCUUAGAGCAGAUAGAUAAAAGCAAUAUUUCCUUAUGUGAAUGAAAAAGGUUCAUAGUGUGAAACUUAUGAUUCCAUAAUGGAAUGGUGACCAUGAUGUAAUUUAAAGUGUAUAUACCAUAUAAAAUAUCUUAAAUGCAGUAGUCUCAGCUAUAUAAGCUCAAUAUUUCCAACCUCUGUUCUCAAAUUCCACUUAGUAACUUUAAUUAUAAUUAUUUAUUAGACACUGGAAUACUGAGAAUAACUUCUUUGAUUGUUUCGUUUGCACUAUUUGUGUGAAUAUUUUAGUGAAGUGGGUGGGGUGUUUUUCCUCCCUCACUUUGUGAGGUUUGUAUGGGUCCAUUUUUGAGUACUUCAGUUGUUGACAAUCAGUUGUCUCAUUUAAUUCUCUGCAUGUUCAUUUGUAAAUAAAAUAAUUAGUACCUGUCUUUAGGGGAUAGUACACUAUUUAUACAAACACUGUCAAGGAGGCUCUAUUUCUGAUCUUGGAUUACGAAGUAAGUUUUGUUUUAAGCUUUUUUUCAAAAUCAGUAUUUCAAUUACAUAUUUGUUUUUCAGUUUAAAAAUGUUUAAUAGGUCAUGCCAGUGGUUGGAAAAUCUAUGAGAGUUUUAGAGCAACUUUUCUAUACUAUGGCUAUGUUAAACAGUCUGAACACGAGACUUCUUAUCUUUCAAGUUGAAUGAUUAUUGUCAUGUUUCAAACCACUAAGUCGGUUGAGACACUUACUUGUAAUACUUUAAUUUUUUUAAAGUGCUUUUUAGAAACAAGUUGUUUGAAAACCAACUAGAAAUUAGUGAUAGCUUAAACUCUAAA